AUGGGGAAGGGCCCCGUGGGCAUGGACACAGGGAAGCUGCGCAUCGGGACGUACACUGGCCCGCUCCAGCACUGCGCUGUCUACUCCGGUGGCUCCUCGGACAUGGUGUGUGACCUGCUGGGCGUGAAGGGCAAAGACAUCCUCUACAUGGGGGACCACAUCUUCGGGGACAUCCUCAAGUCCAAGAAGCGGCAGGGCUGGCGCACCUUCCUGGUGGUGCCCGAGCUGGCCCGCGAGCUGCAGGUCUGGACGGAGAAGAGCGAGCUGUUUGAGGAGUUGCGGAGCCUGGACCUCUUCCUGGCGGAGCUGUACCAGCACUUGGACAGUGGCAGCAGCGAGCGCCCGGACAUCAGCUCUAUCAAGCGUCGGAUCCAGAAAGUCACGCAUGAGAUGGACAUGUGCUACGGGAAGAUGGGCAGCCUCUUCCGCUGCGGCUCACGCCAGACACUCUUCGCCAACCAGCUGAUGCGCUACGCGGACCUCUACGCCGCCUCCUUCAUGAACUUCCUCUACUACCCCUUCAGCUACCUCUUCCGGGCACCCCCCGUCCUGAUGGCCCAUGAGUCAACGGUGGAGCACAGCCGCCUGGACAUGGGUGAGGCAGGCACGGCCCUGGCACCCUGGCUGGUCCAGCACAGCCUCCCCGGCCAGCAGGUGGGUGGCAGGGGACAGAGGGGCAGAAGCACCCAGUGGCCACAGGCACAGGAGCCCCAGCAGCGGCACUCCAACGCUAGUGGGGUCCUGUGCCCACUGAGCCCCCCCCUCCUCUGUCGCUGGGGCCCCCCAGGACUCCAGCGGGGGGGAGGAGGAGGAGGAGGAGGGAGGAGGAGGAUGACGGAGCGGAGAGGAGAAGCCUGA